AUGGUUGAGAUUAGAGAAUUGUCUCCAACUAUGGAGAACAAUAGUAGAGUUUGUACCAUUUGUAACAAGUCUUUUUCUAAUGGAAAAGCAUUGGGAGGUCACAUGAAAUCUCACUUAGCCAAAUUACCGGUCCCUCCAAAACCUCCAAACAAUAGUCAAGUAAUUGAAUACUCACUUGAAUCAACAAAAAGACCAACUCAUUCUUUCUCUUCAUCUUCGUCAUCAUCUUCUCAUUCAAGAAACAAUCCUAUGCACAAUCUUCGUUCUUUGAAAAGGAACUUCUACUAUACCCUAGCAAACUUUGGUAGAAAUAGUUUUUUUGAGUCUUGUCCGAAAAACCCUACUCGAAAACGAUCCAAACGCCACCGAAAACAAUUUAAAUUGGCCACGGAAAAAAGAGAGAGUACACAAUAUAGGUUAAUGUAUGAUGAAUUUGAUAUAGAAGCUGCCAAAACACUUGUUAUUAUUUCUAUGAAAGAAUGGCAACAAAUAGAGGAGAAAUACAACAAAGAGAUGGCAAAAGUUAAUGGAAAUGAAAGUACUUGAAGUUUCACUACAUUGUUGGGGUAAUGAAAGUUAUGCAUCUAUUAUUAUACAUAGGUGAUUUACUUUUUAAUGUUGUUGUCUUUCUUUUGAA